AUGAUCCAUACCUCCCAAGAAGCCACUACAACACCAGCGCAACCCCAGAAGUUCCUGCGGUACCGGUCAAUUCGAAAGACCGCUGUCAAGAAUCCCGAUCCCGACCCUGCUCCUCCCUUGCCGCAGCCGUCGCAGUCGUCUCAAACUACCAUCACACGCUUGCCUUCGAGAUAUCACCGCAAGCCUAAGCCAGAGACAACGCCUCCGCAUGCUCCUGAUCUACCUCAAGAUACUCCUACACACAACCAUGGCGUCACUGAGCGGCGCGAGCCUGUGCCCGAUCAGCAUGUUGACCAACACGGCCACAAGCCCGAUGCGCGAGAACCACUGAGGAGGGACAUAGCGCACAAGCAUACUCUUAGCGCAGACUCAGCACGAGCAGGGGGCCUGCGGAGAUCAUAUGAGGUUGCCCGAGAAGAAGCGCGAUUGAUACUGGAGGGCGAGGUCGAGCGACUCCGAGAACUAAGGGCGCGCGAAGCCCAACGUCAACGUGAACAGCGAGAACAACGUGAAACACGGAAUGAUGGACAAGUCACCUACAAGAAGGGCUCAGGCAAGACCGGUGGUCUAGAACAGUUGCCCAAGGACACCAAAGGCUCCCAAUCGCGGACCCUUGUUAUUGGCGGACCACCACUUUUGCGGAAGGGAAAACAGCAUUCCAGGGCUUCAUCGGGCAACUUGAAGCAGUAUCGACCUACUACUUACCAGGGACAUGCCACGACCAACAGCGUGGGAAGGACAGACCAGACUCGUGGAACUACGCCGCCCACCAGUGUUCCCAACUUCGAUGCUCCAGUGUCCGCCGUGAAUGCUGGCAACAGGAGAGUAGGCGUCACAUGCAAGACAGCGUCUAUCACACUUCCCGUGACACCCUCUACCACAUGCACGGAAAUCCUGAUCUCAGCAUCGGCUUGUAUGUCAGAGCAGAUCGAUCCUCGGAGCGCCAUACUUCUGGAGUCAUUCUCGCAGCUCGGCUUGGAGAGACCACUACGCAGGUAUGAACGGAUACGAGAUGUAAUGAAUUCAUGGGACAACGACAAUCAGCACCAUCUGUCGAUCAUGGCUGAAGGGGAGUGUGCUUCCCGAGGCCUGAAGGUUGGAGACGCCCCAACACAGCAACCCACUGGCGCAACCGUGCAAAUCUACCACUCGCACAAGCCGGGUCAAUGGGACAAGCGCUGGGUCAGACUCAAAGAGGACGGACAGAUCACAAUAUCCAAGAAAGAAAAGGGCCUUGAUUCCACCAACAUCUGUCAUUUAUCAGACUUUGAUCUGUACACUCCGACAGCGAAACAGGUGAAACUCCUGAACCCCCCCAAGAAGCUGUGCUUUGCGUUGAAAAGUCAGGAGAAAUCAUCCAUGUUCCUCAGCGGGGCCAAUUUCGUACAUUUCUUCUGCACCAAAGACAAAACCAUGGCAGACAAAUGGUGUCAAGCUGUCCACUCAUGGCGAAGCUGGUAUCUGGUCAAUAUGCUCGGCGAAGGUCUGCAGAUCCGGACAGCACCAACAACAAGGCACCAACCUGGGACCCGAUCAAGUGCUCAAUCAAAGGAUUCGUCCCCCAAUGUCCCUGGAUUGUUCCAACCCCUCCUUGAUUUCAGACGGUCCCGGCCCAGUGGUGAGGGAAGCCGAAGAACGGAUUCAGGUGCCUCACACCGGCCGUCACAAGAUGUUCCAAGACCCUUGAUCGAUUUUGUACCGGAGAAACAGACCGCCGGUAGCAGACCUGGCAGCCCAGCAUUUCAUCCUCUCAAACCACAGCCGUUUCCUCCUAAUGCUUUUCCCAACAAGUUUGUGACCGAAGCAGCCCAUACUACUGGCAAUUCUGAAAAUGCGGAGGGACCCUUCACGGGCACGGGACUCCUCGCUCGAAGUGCAAGUCGCCGCUCACAGGGAGGAAGCCGCUCCGGUCGCGGUGUGCAAGGUGUCGAUGGUAAGCCAUUGAUCGAACUACACCCAACUAGCGAAUUCACGGAUGGAAGCCUCUUGCGGAAGAUGGAAGCAAUUGCUGCUCAGCAAGGUGCGUUGCAACCCAAGAUCGAUCGGGAAAAGAGAAGGGAGAUGGACGUAUCAGUCGGCGAGGGAUUCGGAGGUUGA